CACUAAACCGGCUCAUGUGCCUAAGAGCUGUUUUCAUCAUCGUGACAGCGGCACUACUCCAGCACUGACACUUGUGAUUCAUCCUGGAAAACUUUACCCAGCACCGAAGCUGUAAAUUAAAGCUGCUGAAGCUCGUAAGUUAAAAAAGAAGCAGAAGGCAAACGACGGGAGCGGGUCUCCAGCCACAGCUUCCCCGGCUUUUUUCUUUUUAUAUCACAGAAAGACCUCUGAAUAAUUUCUUCAUAGGAAAGAAAGCAAAAAGAACUGGACUGAAGUUUGAGGUCAUUUCCGCGGAACAAAAACUUUUGGGGAUGACUGAUUUGUGAACGAAACCCACCGGACACCCCCAGGAAGUUGUUCCAUCGUAUUCAGCUCCGACAAAAGAAAAGCCGAAACAAAGAAGAAAAAGAAGGAGUAGAAGAGGAAAAAGAAGAAAUAACUCCCUGCACUGCCAUGGAUCAAGGAAAGCAAAUAACACUUCCAUUGUUGAUGAGUGUUGGAACUGCGGUGAUUGGCUCCCUGCAGUUUGGCUACAACACAGGUGUUAUCAACGCCCCCCAGGAGAUUAUUGAGAACUUCAUCAAUCAAACGUGGUAUCACCGUUACAAUGAACCCAUUACCGAAGGCUCCCUGACAGCUGUGUGGUCCAUCGCUGUUUCUGUCUUCUCUGUCGGUGGCAUCUUUGGUUCAUUCUCAGUAGGACUCUUUGUUAACCGCUUGGGAAGGAGGAACUCUAUGCUCAUGGCCAAUAUUCUGGCUUUUAUCUCGGCCGUUCUGAUGGGUUUUUCAAAGAUGGCAAAGUCGUGGGAAAUGCUCAUCAUUGGCCGUUUUGUGGUUGGGCUGUACUGUGGCCUCUCCACAGGUUUCGUGCCCAUGUAUGUGGGUGAAAUUUCCCCAACAGCCCUACGAGGAGCCCUGGGCACGCUACACCAGCUGGGCAUUGUCAUUGGAAUCCUCAUUGCACAGAUAUUUGGAUUGAAAGUGAUCAUGGGAAAUGAGGACCUGUGGCCUCUCCUCCUGGCUUUCCUCUUCAUCCCUGCUGUGAUACAGUGCGUCCUGCUGCCUCUCUGCCCAGAGAGCCCCCGAUUCCUGCUCAUCAACAAGAACGAAGAGAACAAGGCCAAAUGCGUGCUGAAGAAGCUCCGGGGCACCACUGAUGUGAGUGCUGACAUGCAGGAAAUGAAGGAGGAGAGCCGGCAGAUGAUGAGAGAGAAGAAGGUGACCAUCCUGGAGCUUUUCCGCUCGCCCCUCUACCGUCAGCCCCUGCUCAUUGCUGUCAUGCUUCAGCUCUCCCAGCAGCUGUCUGGUAUUAACGCUGUUUUCUACUACUCCACUAGUAUCUUUACGAAAGCUGGAGUUGAGCAGCCCGUUUAUGCCACCAUUGGAGCCGGUGUGGUUAAUACAGCUUUCACUGUGGUGUCGCUGUUUGUCGUAGAACGAGCAGGACGCAGGUCUUUGCACCUACUGGGGCUGCUGGGAAUGGCUGGAUCAGCCAUCCUCAUGACUAUUGCUAUGGCUCUGCUGGACCAACUCAAAUGGAUGUCUUAUGUAAGCAUUGUAGCCAUUUUUGCCUUCGUGGCAUUCUUUGAGAUCGGGCCGGGUCCCAUCCCUUGGUUCAUCGUGGCAGAGUUGUUCUCGCAGGGACCCAGGCCUUCAGCCAUUGCUGUCGCUGGUUUUUCCAACUGGACUGCCAACUUUAUAGUGGGAAUGGGCUUCCAGUAUGUUGCGAGCGCGUGCGGUCCCUACGUCUUUGUCAUCUUCACUGUGCUACUGGUCAUAUUCUUCAUCUUCACUUACUUCAAAGUGCCAGAGACCAAGGGCCGGACAUUUGAUGAUAUCGCGGCCGGCUUCCGUCAGACUGCUGCCAUGGCAGAGAAGCACACACCGGAGGAGCUCAACAGCCUGGGAGCCGAUUCGCAGCUCUGAGCGUCUGGGACUGAACUUUCCAACAAACUCUUUCUCAGAUCAACAGCAAAGGAGAAGAGUCUGCUGACUAGAAGUAGACGGAUACACUGAUAGUAUAUUCUUCACACUGUCACCACAUUUCAGGUGUCCUCACCACCAAACAGAACAGACCUGUGUGAUUCGCUCUGCCACGACGUCUUCUGCUGCUGCUUUCAUGUCACACAUAGAAACGAGAACUCGAUGGGCACCGCGUCGCCUGGCAGAAAAUAUACAGAGGAGAGAUUAGGAUGGUGGGGAAGGUUUUAAUAUUUUUAAAGAUAUUUUUACAGAAGGAAAAGCCGAGUCUGCAAUCAACUGGCCUCUUUUAACAUCUUUUUUCCCCCUCACUAAAUAUUUUACUGAUAUGUGCUGUUCUGUCACCUGUUACAGUGAUUUUUUUUGCGACUAUCUGGUUAAAGAGCGCUGUAGCUUAAGUGCAAAAAAUGUCUUUUUUAAAUGAUCAUACUGUAUUGCUGUGUUACUGUACACUCUGGCACUGUUGAUGCUGCACAACUUGACUAUAUCACUCCACCAGAUGGGGCACUGCCCUUAUAAAAAGGUCCCAAUACUCUGCUGAAAAGUAAGCUUGUACCGAGAAAGUUACUGCAUAGAAAAACUGUGAUAUUUGGGUGUGAGAUGAUGAGAAUGUUCAUUUUUGCAUGAUGAAAUUUAAAUUAGCAACAACACUUCACAAAUUAUACAUAUAUGUAACUACUACUCUUUUUACUCUUUGUUGGUAGAAAACUAUAGAACAUUGUAUUUUUUUGGAAAAAAAUUU